AUGAAAAAAUUGGAUGAAAUUUGUUUUCGACUUCAUGAAAAACAGCAACAACAACAGCGACAACAACAACAACAACAACAUGAACAACAACAACAACAACAGCAACAUGAACAACAACAAUUUAGCAGUAUAUCACAAAAUAAAACUCCUCGAAAAAGACGCUUGGAGGAUAAGUUAUCAACGGAAGAAUCAUUAAAGGAGCAACUUAAUUCGACGAUCUGUUUCACAGAAUGUGAUCUGUCAUGCAACGGAAAUGGAUGUAAUGAAAUUGAUCCUAACAUUCUUCUGACGCCAUUUCGUCACAUUAAUUCAUUAAUAUCACAAGAAAGUGCCUCUAAUAAUGAAUCGGCUUAUAAAAUGGAUUCAAUAAAUCGAAAUGAUGCGAAAGAAUUUUCAAAAAAUGCAACUGAUGGCAAGAAUCCAGUUAACUCUAGUAUAACAAAUUCUUGUCGUCCAAUUCCAACUGAAACAUUUAUGACAUCAGCUGUGAAUGCGAACUAUGAACAGCGAAUGAAUAAACCUUUGAAAUUUAUUGAUUGCACCGAUGAUGCGAGAACUGCUGUAAUUGGAUCGUCAUUUCAUUAUCGUGUCAACGAAAAGACAAAAGAGCAACGAUUAUUAUACAACUGUGCUAAAUGUGGUUAUAAAGCAAUUAACAAAACGAAAGGAUUACUUCAUCUGAAAUUACAUGAUAAGACUGAUAAGUUGCAAGCUAAAACAUAUGAACUCACGCAGCAAACUAAUAAAAAUUAUUUGUCCUAA